AUGGCUAACAUCCUCCAACGGCUUCACUUUCAUCCCCGACUACUUGGUCGCGCUAGAACGACCCAAAUCCCCUUCUCUUCAUCUCGCUGCUACUCAGGGAUGAUAAAGAUGGGCCCUUCACCCAUUAAGUUGAACAACAGCGGCACCGCCCCCUUGCGAGUCCCUGGUUUCAAUGGUGUAGCCCUGUUCUAUGAGCAGCCAAAAGACAAUCGUUUCGCACAUGGAAUUGCCGAUUGGAGACAAAUUCCCCAGUCGUUUCGAAGAGAGCUUUCCAUGCUGCAGUUCAUGUCGUAUACACUGGAAGAAUGGCAUCAGCACGCCGAUUCGGUCUUUGAUCUCGAUGAGCCCUCAUGGCAGUGGUGUGUAAAGGAGUUGCGAGACAAAGCGUCUGAUUUCAAACGCACGGGCUAUGUUGCUGUAUUUGAUGCGGACUCACGAGUCAUCAAGUCUCAAGUUCAUGACGAUCUUCUCAAAGAGCUUCGCGAAUCGAUGUCGCCGCUUUUUUCGGAAUCGAGAUCCGCUUCGUCUUCUGCUUUGGAUGAUACUACUAGGAGUGAUUCUGAGAAUCCAGUUCGACAUAUGGUUGACCCCUUUAUGUAUCCUCUCGUUUAUGGGCGCACUCGAGUCCUUACCGACGGGGGCAAAGUUGAUCUAGAGAGACCUAGGUCCUGGAGACAAUCACAGUCCCAGAUUGCUUCGAUUCCCGAGAAACCAUCCAACAGACACAAAGAGAUGCAUCUCGAAGAGAGAAAGCAAAGAGACUUAAGGGAUUUUCGGCAUCAUAGAAAGCGAAAAUACUGGUCCAAUGCCUUUCAAUGUCUUCCCUGUGAGGUUGCUUUAACCGAGCGAGGAGCUAGAAUUACCUCCUAUGUCAAUGGUGUGCAUCCAAAGGAAAGGGCCAUAUACAAAGCGCUCGAAGGGCUCAUUUCGGCCGCCAUGCAACCGUGGAAUGAAAUGCUUAUUCUUGGAGAUCAAGGUCGGACGCCAAUUCGAAUCAGGACUUAUGACUUCCAAGUGGAAGGCAUUAAUUCGCAUCCCAAGUUAUAUUAUUACCUGAACAACGCGAGGGAGGGACGCGCACCACCCAUCACAGAAGAAGAAUGGUCUGACAAGCGAUACCGCAUAUGGCCUGACUCUGGCUACCAUGAUCUUCUCGCUAGUAUGCAGCCAUGGCAAUGGAAUUCUUCCGAAGAACUGGAAGAAUUGAUCCUCGCAAAGAAUAAGCGGUUGUACGCUGUGAGAGGCGUUGAGCCGGGGACCUCCUUCGCAUAUGAUGAAUGGAAGACUGGUGAAAAUACAGGCCGCGCGAUCAUGCCCAAAUGGAGUGAACCUGAUGGAACUCCCCUAAUUCCCGAUCCAGAUCACCAGUACUACUCUAUAUCUCUCCAAGAUCAAUCUGAGGGCCUGCAGAUCAUAGUUCGAGUGUCAACUAUUGAGCUCACUCCAGAAAAGCCGCUGUAUGGUGGUGAUCCCCAUCACAACGUUGCUGGUAUCCUCAAUGAGCAUAUCGUUUCUACAGCCACAUGCUACUUCGAUAUGCACAACAUCAAAAAUGCAAAGGUUUCAUUCCAACAGGAGACGAAGAUCGAUAGCUAUGAUUUCAAUAUUGCAGAGUUUUUGGCUAUGGACCGACUUUUUGAUGUUCCUGAGUGGCCAUACGACAGCGAUGAUCCUUGUUCCCCGGAUGCUCUACAGACCAUGGGGUCUAUCCCGAUUUCACGGAAUGGGCAGUUUCUUGCUUGGCCAAAUACACUGCAGUCCAAGGCCGAACCUUUCAGUCUCGCAGAGCCAUUGCGGCCGGGGUACCUUCGAUUUGCGACUUUGUGGUUGGUAGACCCGCAUUAUCGAAUCUGCUCAACUCAAAACGUGCCUCCCCAGGACCCAAGCUGGGUCGACACGUCACAAUCAAUGGAGAACACACGGAAGGAUAAUUCAAUGACAUUUGCGCAGGCGGUUGAGGCUCGAACCCAAAUGAGCAGGAGAGAGACAAAAUAA